AUCGGCCUCGCCUCGGGGAAAAGACUCGGCACUGUUAUUCUACAAACUUGUUGGUCUUAAAGCGUAUUAAUGACUAAAUUAGCACUUCAUAAUUAUACAAGUGAUAAAUGUGACUUUAAAGAUGAGGUUGAUGUGGUGUUUGUGUCUUGUAGUUUUGUGUACCCACUGUACACAAGCUUCAACUCACUGGAUGGUAACUGAGAGCGGUUUGAUACAACCAAAGCUAGAAUCGCCGUUCGAAAUGGCGCGCCCUUACGACUUGUUAGCCUUUUUAAAGCAGGACACUCGAUGGGAUAGUAUUAUAAGCUUGUAUCAUGACAUCACAAAAAGGCAGGAGGCUAUUAAAUUUCUAUGGGAGAAAUUGGAUACAGAUAGCGAUGUACUCGCACAUAUAGCUGAGGAUAAGAACUGUGUGAAGGCUGGACCAGUAAAUAUACUGGAUUGGUAUAAUACUGUUCUAGAAGACGGCAAAACUAAGUUCAUUCCAGAAGAAGAGUAUUGGCUAAAUAAUCCUUACACUGGACAUGAGAGUUUUGUUCCGGACUGUAAAAAGAUAUCUUCUUUGACAUUUAGCAUGUUUGCUUUUGAGCAUUUAGAGGGUAUGAUUAAAAGACAAAAUCUUAGCAUUGAACCGGAAUUGACGCUGCCAGAGCAGAUAUCUCCGAUCAUGACAGUUGACCAGUUUGGCACAUGGCUGGCAAAUAUCCUGCAGCAGAACAGCUCUUCUUGGCUGCAUUACAACAUGGCUUCUCUGUUCUGGAGGGUGCGGGGAAAUGCCCCUAAAGCACUGGAGUGCAGUCGGCGUGCUGUGCAUUAUGCACCCAGGGAAUACAAAGACAUUGCCUUAUUAGGCAUGGGCACCAUAUUUCAUCGCAGCAAAAUGCCUGAAGAUGCAAUCACACUACUUGGAGCUGCUGUGGACCAUGACCCAAAAUUUCCCCUUCAUCAUUUCAUGCUUGCCAACGCCUACGGAGUCGUUGGUGAUUUCAACAGUUCCUUGAAACACCUGGAUGCGAGUUUGAAGCUGCACCCAACGUCUGACCCGGCAAUUAAACAUAGAUAUGGUAUUAUCUGUCAUGCUGGUUUGGUCCAUUAUAAGGAAAGACUUCAAGAAACAUUUAAAAAAUUACGUGAAGAGCUGGUUGAGUACAUUGACAAAGAACGUGAUUGGGUGGAUUUGCAAGCUAUGUUCCUCAAAACAAUGAAUGAUUACGAUCUACUGCAAAUCGAAGACAAUUGUGCCAAAAUGGGCGAACUGACGGGACUCGACUUCGUACAGUUGAAAAAGUCUGGUGACAUGAACACCCUCAUACAACACUUCCUCGACGGCCCGUUGUAUGACGACAAAUGGGUGAAGGAUAAAGGUGUCCAUGCUUUAGAGUCCUUGUACACCCUCCAGAGAUUGAUCAAACACAUACAGAAGCACGCCACUACGUCUUCCGAUAUUGUGAUCCAAUCUGAUCCUAAAUCGAGGAUAAUUAAAGAGAUUGAAAUUAAAUUACAUGAUAUGAGAACAACAGAACAUGAAAAUGAAGCCAGAAUAAUUCGCUUAGGGGGCGAGAAAAAGGCAUCAAGCCAAAUCGAGGACGAUGGAUUUGAAUAUGAAGGAAGGACUCCAAUAUUAUAUCCGCCUACGAUGAAAGUGAGUCGUAACACGGAGGAUUUCGACAAGGACUCAGAUUGGCCGUCGGAUGAAUUCUGCUUGGAAGCCGCUCAUGAAUUCCCGAAAAAUCUCGAAACUAUAUAUCCCGUCUUCUUGCCAUUUGAAAAUAAAGGGAUUAGCGUAGGCAAGUUGCUGACGGAGAAGCUGGGCGUGCCGGCCGACGUUGAGUACGAGCUCCCCUGGCACCCGCCCACGUGCCCUUACGACGCCCACACGGCCACCUUCACGCAGAAACGGGCCGGGAAGCAAGUUGCUGACAGACUAGCUGGGCGUGCUAACGUCGAGUACGAGCUCCCCUGGCACCCGCCCACGUGCCCUUACGACGCCCAUACGACCACCUUCACUCGGAAACGCGCCGGGAAGCAAGUUGCUCACAGGCUAGCUGGGCGUGCUGACGUCGAGUACAAGCUCCCCUGGCACCCGCCCACGUGCCCUUACGACGCCCACACGGCCACCUUCACGCAGAAACGGGCCGGGAAGCAAGUUGCUGACAGACUAGCUGGGCGUGCUAACGUCGAGUACGAGCUCCCCUGGCACCCGCCCACGUGCCCUUACGACGCCCAUACGACCACCUUCACUCGGAAACGCGCCGGGAAGCAAGUUGCUCACAGGCUAGCUGGGCGUGCUGACGUCGAGUACAAGCUCCCCUGGCACCCGCCCACGUGCCCUUACGACGCCCACACGGCCACCUUCACGCAGAAACGGGCCGGGAAGCAAGUUGCUGACAGACUAGCUGGGCGUGCUGACGUCGAGUACGAGCUCCCCUGGCACCCGCCCACGUGCCCUUACGACGCCCACACGACCACCUUCACUCGGAAACGCGCCGGGAAGCAAGUUGCUCACAGGCUAGCUGGGCGUGCUGACGUCGAGUACAAGCUCCCCUGGCACCCGCCCACGUGCCCUUACGACGCCCACACGGCCACCUUCACGCAGAAACGCGCCGGGAAGCAAGUUGCUGACAGACUAGCUGGGCGUGCUGACAUCGAGUACGAGCUCCCCUGGCACCCGCCCACGUGCCCUUACGACGCCCACACGACCACCUUCACUCGGAAACGCGCCGGGAAGCAAGUUGCUCACAGGCUAGCUGGGCGUGCUGACGUCGAGUACAAGCUCCCCUGGCACCCGCCCACGUGCCCUUACGACGCCCACACGGCCACCUUCACGCAGAAACGCGCCGGGAAGCAAGUUGCUGACAGACUAGCUGGGCGUGCUGACAUCGAGUACGAGCUCCCCUGGCACCCGCCCACGUGCCCUUACGACGCCCACACGACCACCUUCACUCGGAAACGCGCCGGGAAGCUAGCUGGGCGUGCUGACGUCGAGUACAAGCUCCCCUGGCACCCGCCCACGUGCCCUUACGACGCCCACACGGCCACCUUCACGCAGAAACGGGCCGGGAAGCAAGUUGCUCACAGACUAGCUGGGCGUGCUGACGUCAAGUACAAGCUCCCCUGGCACCCGCCCACGUGCCCUUACGACGCCCACACGGCUACCUUCACGCAGAAACGGGCCGGGAAGCAAGUUGCUGACAGACUAGCUGGGCGUGCUGACGUCGAGUACAUGCUCCCCUGGCACCCGCCCAUGUGCCCUUACGACGCCCACACGGCCACCUUCACGCAGAAACGCGCUGGGAAGCAAGUUGCUGACAGACUAGCUGGGCGUGCUGACGUCGAGUACGAGCUCCCCUGGCACCCGCCCACGUGCCCUUACGACGCCCACACGGCUACCUUCACGCAGAAACGGGCCGGGAAGUAA